UUCUACUAGUUUCCUACUGAUUUUCAUUUCCUUCUUUUGCAGCUUUACCCUGUUAAAUAAGGCAUAAAAAAGUGUAUGAAGAAGACAAGUAGCUCUUUUAUACUUUUAUAUGCUUUGAUCUAACUUUGUUAAGUUUGGUAAAAAUUACGACCAAAAUCUUCACACAAAUCUUUAGAAUGUCAACUUUGGAGGUUUGCUUGUCAUUAUCAUAAUGAGAUACGUUUCUGAAGCAGUCUUAACACUCACUCACUCUCUCCUUAUUAAGCUCAAAAAGGUUUCAAAACCAUAGCCAAUCAUCACCACCAUUCACCAACCAAACAUCUUCCAUUUUAUUAUUUCAUGUGCUUUCUUCCAUAUCAAUAAGGUGAGUAGUACUUUUGAAUCAAAAACUAAUACUCCUUCAUGCUCCAAGAAGUUCCCUCUUUCUUUCUCAUUUCAUAGACUUUUGCUUAAAGAAGUAACUUUUUCUUAUGAAGAUAAUAAAUUAGCAAGAAAGGUGUAAUUGUUACCAAAAUCCCAUAAAGAUAGAGCUGUCUUUUUUUUUUCUUUUGUACUGUGAUCUUUUUGACAUGUCCAGUUCGCUUGCAUUCAAGAGAAGAAAUGGUACUGUUGUUCACCCAAAUCCUCUUCUUCCUCCUCCUCUUGCUCCACCACUUUCAAUUCCUUCUAAUAGUGUUAAUGGAGAAGUAGUAAAGCCCACACCAACACAAGCACCAACCCCAUCUUCCUUUUCUUUAAGCAAAAUCAGCCCAAUUCUUCUUUUGGUCAUAAUACUUUUAACUGCUAUCUUCUUCAUUUAUGGUCUUGUCCACCUGCUUCUAAGAUUUCUCAUGAAAAGACCAUCAACUUCACCAAUCUUCCAAUCUAAUAGGUACCCAGAAAACUCUAGCUCUCAUGUUCUUCAAAGACAGCUCAGGCAGCUCUUUCGGCUACAUGAUUCAGGUCUAGACCAAGCCAUUAUAGAUGCUUUACCUGUUUUCUAUUACAAAGAAAUAAUCAUGGGCUCAAAGGAACCAUUUGAUUGUGCUGUUUGUCUAUGUGAGUUUUCUGACCAAGAUGAGCUGAGGUUACUUCCCCCAUGUGGCCAUGCUUUUCACAUCCAUUGUAUUGAUACAUGGCUUCUCUCAAACUCAACAUGUCCACUUUGUAGAAGGACCCUUUUCAGAUCUGACCUUUUGUUGGAAAAUCCAAUACUCUCAAACUUUGACGAUUCUUUUGAUAUGUCAAAUGUGCUCAGAAGUGAAAAUGAGGAGAGUAGAGGACAUUCAAGCAACCAAGAAAGUAUUAAUGGGAACAAGAGAGUGUUUUCAGUUAGACUUGGAAAAUAUAGAAGUGUCAAUGGAGUGGGAGAGACCAGUAGUAGCUGUAACUUGGAUGCUAGAAGAUGUUACUCAAUGGGAACAUUUCAGUAUGUGGUUAAUGACUCUAAUUUGCAAGUGGUGAAGCUUGUCAAGGAGGGAGUUCAUCGAGGCAAGUUUUCGGUGAAUAAUGGAGAUUUUGAGGGUAAGAAAAUCAGUAGCAGGCAAAAGGGUGAUAGCUUCUCUGUUUCAAAGAUCUGGCUUUGGUCUAAAAACGGCAGAUUCCCAAGCUGUUCUGAUACUGAUAUCAGUAUGCCAGCCUCUCUCAAUGAUUAUUGGCACCUGAUCAGGAGCACCCAGGGGUUUGAAAUCUCUGCUAUUGUUGGAAAACAGGAAAGGGUAAAGAUGUGUUUGAUCAGCCAUGAGUGUAGGAGUUGGAAGAGGAAUGUACAUGUUCGGGCCAUUCUAGACCAAGCGGAUUGGGGUCUACCAGUGAUGUAUUUUGAGACUCUAUUUUGCCGCUUAGGUCGGCUAGAGGAAACGAACUUGUAAUAGUGUUUUAUAAAUACUUUUGGGAUCCCAAAUUUUGUAACUUUUAAAUUAUAAGGUUAAAAUUAUUACAAGUUAUUU